AUGUCAAAGCGAGCAGCGACAGACGACCAGCCCAAUGGCGCCCUCAAAGCCGGCCAGCGUCCCGACACUGGCACCAACGGCGAGAACGGCAUCGACUUCGAGGACGAGUUCGAAGAUGAGUACGAGUCUGAAGACGAGAUCAUGGAGGCAGGCGUAGAUGGCAGACCAGAUGCGGAGCGAGAAGCAGAGCAGAACGGCGAUGCGAUGGAAGUCGACUCAAAGCAACAGACGUUCAUACCUGGUAGAUCAAUACUGAAGCCCGGCGAAACGCUCGCACCUGAUCCUUCAACCUACGAGAUGCUGCAUCCUCUGUCGACGACGUGGCCGUGUUUGUCCUUCGACAUCGUCAAAGACAAUCUCGGCGACCAACGGAAGAGCUACCCUCGAACACUCUAUGCUGUCGCAGGGACACAAGCCGAGACUGGCCGUGCCAAAGACAACGAACUCUACGUCCUGCGCUUGAGCGGCCUCUCGAGAAUGGAUCGCGGUAACCAGACCGACUCCGAAAGCGACGACGAGAGCGACGACGAAGAGGCCUCUACCGAACCAAUUCUCGAGUCCCGCAGCAUACCUCUCCCCAGCACCACAAACCGCAUCCGAGCUUUCCAGCCCGCAACCUCACAAGCAGACCCAUCACAAAUGCCACAAACACUUACCGCGACUUGGCUCGAGAAUGGCCAAAUCGUCAUCCACGACGUCUCACCCUACCUUCAGAGCCUGACCACACCCGGCACCACUAUCCCCACCACCGCCUCAAAACCACUCAGCACACUCCGCAUGCACAAAUCCGAAGGCUACGCCCUUGACUGGCAGUCCGCUUCACUCCACCCACACGGCCGCCUCAUCACCGGCGACAACGACGGCCAGAUCUUUAGCACACAGCGCACCGAGGGCGGCGGCUGGGCCACCGACAACCGGCCCUUUGUAGGCCAUACCGAUGCAGUCGAAGAGCUUCAAUGGUCACCCAACGAGAAGACUGUCUUCGCUUCCGCCAGCAGCGACGGCACAGUCAAAGUCUGGGACGUGCGAAGCAAGAAUCGGAAACCCGCGGUCGACGUCAAAGUCAGCAACACGGAUAUCAACGUAAUGUCCUGGUCGCGCCAGACCUUCCACCUGCUCGCUACUGGCGCAGACGACGGCGAAUGGGCCGUGUGGGAUUUGCGGCAAUGGAAACCUUCCUCUUCUGGCGACAGCAAAGUCCAAAAACCCUCACCGGUAGCAGACUUCAAGUUCCACAAGAAGCCAAUCACCUCGAUCGAAUGGCACCCCACAGACGACAGCGUCGUCGGCAUCGGCUGUGCGGAUGGUACCGCCACGCUAUGGGACCUCGCUGUCGAGCUUGACGACGAAGAGUACGGGCGCGAGACCGGCCUGGGUCUUGGCGAGGGCCAGGAGAAAGUGCCGCCGCAGCUGCUCUUCAUACACAGCGCGGAGGACUGCAAGGAGUUCCACUGGCACUCGCAGAUGCCCGGGACAGCGGUUGUGACGGGUGGAGGCGGAUUUGGGGUGUUCAAGACGAUCAGCGUCUGA